AUGUACCUACUUGCAGUAGUCCUUUACUACUGCAAGCAGUACAUCCUAUCGAAGGUACAAUUCAUUUUGACGUUUACACAACACAACUACACUUCUAACAACGAGGAUGAAACUGAAGCUGAAGACAAUGAGUAUAAUGGGAGACUUCAAGACAAUCAAGUCUUUAACCCUUAUUUUGGAUAUGAUGUAUUAGACCAUGACAGUUUUUAUAACUCAAUUACUAACUCUAUGUCUUCUUUUGAUGAUAAAGCCUUAGAUGCAGAAAAUGAUCCUGACACUGCUGAAACUGACACCAACACUGACCCUGCCAAUAUCAUAGAACAGAUCAUGAAAGGUCCUAUUGCAGGAUGUCACCCUUUUCCUGAUUUGCAGACCAUGGUACUUUGUGCUCUUGUUGAUGGCAACAAUGACAUGGUUUUCCAAAGAAUGAUGAAGAAGAUUCUGUUUGCCAUGAACAUGAUCAGCAAAAUCCAGGCCAACACCACUGAACAAGGAACAUUCAAGCUCCCUAAGUUGAAUGCCCUUAUGAACUACCACCAGAUGAAGAAAAACAGAAUCCCUGUCUUUCCUUCUACAAAAGUCGAUGCCCCUGAAUUGAGCCUCACGCCUAUAUCUGCUUACAUCAACUUACCAUCUGUACACCUGCGAUUUCUGAUGGCGAAUCCAUCAAAAGCUGGAAAGAUCACAUCUUUGCCUGACCAGACUUCUGACUAA